AUGUCUAGUGAAAGGUUCUUGAGACAUCAACUCAUUUCCUACUUAAGGGAAAAGAAAAAUAAGUCGUAUCGCAGUUUUCUCCUUCAUUACAGAAAAGAAAUCAGCGAAUAUUUUUUGCAUACCUCAGUAAUGUCUUGGAGAGAUCACGACAAUACAUGGUCCCAGUUCUUCUUAUUAGAGGCCAAGAGGUUGUUAAAUGAAAACAACUUUGAUACAUUAGAAUAUAAGGUUAGAGUAGAACGAUGCAAUGAUGGUCUAAAGAAUUACUGGGAGGAAAUAAUACAAGAGUGUGAGAAGAAACAAGAACUUAUCUCAUACGAAAGUGAAAGGGAUCGUCUUCUUCAUUUACUUUCUGAAGUAAAUGAAAAAAUUAAUAUAACGAAGGCAGAACUUACCAGAUUUUCUAGCUUAGGUAAUAAUUCUGAUUUAAUUUCUGAUAAUGGAUCAGAAAUUCAGUCUGGUAUCGGAGGUGAUCUGUAUGAGGAUAUUAAUGGAGACCCUAGUGGUGAUACUGAAAUGAACACUGAAGAUAGUAUUUCCUCAGACAACGAUUCUUCUAGAAAGAAGAAUCGUCGUAAUCUUGUUCGAGUUAACUAUAAUUGCGGUUCUCCACCAAGAAAACGCAGAAAAACUAGGCCUGCCUCACGACGAUCAACGCCACGACAGUCACCAUGUACAUCAUUACCGUCCACGCCGACAGAUCCCUCUCAUACAGAUUUUCCCGAUGAUGAGAACCUAAGGUGCACAAAUUGCCCCGUUCAUUGCCCUAAUAGCUCUUAG